AUGAGCCUGGAAACGUCUGAAAUUGGAAAACAAAAAUGCGACAUGGAAAAUGAACAUUUUGGCUUAGGCGACCAUGGUGCGAAACGGUGGUCGAGCUUUCGACGCCAUUCGGACCCUGUCCGCUUUGCAGACCUUGGCGCUCCUGGCACCAUCGUUGUCAUCCAUCACACGGACUGCGGUAUGAUUCAUUUUCAUGACGCCGACAUCAGAAAAGCACUGCUCGAAAUCGCGACGCAUGAGAAGGAGUUCAUUGGAGCUUCUGAGUUUGGAGAAAUUAAGAACAGAAAGGAAAAAGCUGUGAACGCGGCGUAA